GGGCGACCCAGAUUUAAUGUGGUGGGGUCAUGCCCACAAUCGGGAAUGAUGGGGAGACCCUUCACUCCGCAGGCUCGGCUGGCGCAGGCAGCACGAACGAGAAGUCAAGCCAAAGCCAGCGCCAGCCAAGAACCUCCGAGGAGGGAGCAGGAGCCAGGAAAAAGAAAGGAGAUGGCGGAAGUGGAGGAUGACGAUGAUGAAGAGGAAGAAGACGAGAGGCUGCUCCGGGAAGAGGAUCAGAAAGCGGAGCAGCGGGCAAGGAGGAAAGGAACUAGGGAGGAGGCCGAGCUGGUAAUGGGUGACGGACCGCCCAAAAAGAAAAAGUACGCGGUUCGGUUGGAAGAGGGGUUUGAUGUAGAGCGGGUGAUUGACAGGCUGCUAGAAGGGCAUAAUGACCUCAUGACCUUGAAGGAUAUCCUGGCGUCAGCCCCGCGGCUCCGCGAUGAAUUGAAAGACAGGUUACCACGACGCCUGGUGCCCAAUGUCCAUCUGGGCACGAUCCUGCCCAAGGAGGCAGAGUGGGCAGAAUCAGACACGAAGAUGGAUUGGAAGUGUGUGGCUUGCGUCACGGUGGAUCUGGUGGUAAAGGGCUCCAAGUGUGCGGCAAUGGUGGACACCGGGGCCGAAAUAAACAUCAUUCGGGAGGCGAACGCAAUCAAAUUCGGGCAGGAUAUAGACCGCUCUGGCCGCGAUAUUCUGCAUGAAGCCAUCUCUAAGGCCGUGUUUUGCGGGACAGUCUCGAAUGUGCUCAUCGAGGUUGGAAAGGUGAAGGCCAAGGCAUGCUUCUUCAUAAUGUCCGACGUGGAUCAUGGAAUCCUCCUAGGGAGAUCGUUCCUAAGUAGGACAGAGACCGUGAUGUUCAACAAGCAUGACGGGACUCUAAUCCUUCUCCUAUGUGACCCUGCCUGCGGGAAUUAUGAAAUAAUUACCUGCAGAAACACGGGGCCGAGAAGCAUAAGGAACCGGCCCAAUCCAGGAUCGUUCACAAUCGAAGAAUCAGAAGGUGAAUGCCGGAGGCUCCGGGCAGAGCCAGAAGCGGGAGAGAGGGGGGAGGCAUUUUCCCUCAGCCUGUCAGUUAUCGGGAAAGACAUGGACUUGGUGGCCGCACAUGAAAUGGCAGACCCGGAUGCUAUCCAGGCCUUGAGGGAGCAAGUUUUGGAAUGCCCCGAUGCAAGAAGAUUGGAGCCGGUAUAUCGCCUUCCGGGCGGCGGGAGGAGCCCCGCAUCAGCGCUUGCGUAAUCUGUGAGUCGGCUUUUUUUAGGGGGCGGAUCAAGCAGGGUUCCCAAAGGCGGUACAAGA